AUCCCGGAAUUGUGGCGGAGCGACCUCGUCUCCUGCCGCUGAGGAAGAAUCGCGGAAGAGGGGAAAGGUUUCCUGACUGUUAACCAGCUAACUAAGAGAAGUAUCUGUCUAACCAGCGGGUUAACCAGCUCACAGGUUAGAUAGAGACCGGGACCGAAGCAUCAAGAUGACGGCCGCACCUUACAACUACUCGUACAUCUUUAAAUACAUCAUCAUUGGUGAUAUGGGAGUAGGGAAGUCAUGUCUGCUGCACCAGUUCACUGAGAAGAAAUUCAUGGCGGACUGUCCCCACACCAUUGGGGUGGAGUUUGGGACGAGGAUCAUGGAGGUCCACGGUCAGAAGGUGAAGCUGCAGAUCUGGGACACGGCCGGUCAGGAGCGGUUCAGAGCCGUCACCAGGUCUUACUACAGGGGGGCCGCCGGCGCCCUCAUGGUCUACGACAUCACCAGGAGAAGUACUUACAACCACCUGAGCAGCUGGUUGACAGACGCCAGGAACCUGACCAACCCAAACACCGUGAUCAUUCUGAUUGGGAACAAAGCCGAUCUGGAAGCUCAGAGAGACGUGACGUACGAGGAGGCCAAACAGUUUGCUGAGGAGAACGGUUUGCUGUUCUUAGAGGCCAGCGCUAAGACUGGGGAGAACGUGGAGGAGGCCUUCCUGGAGGCAGCAAAGAGGAUCUACCAGAACAUCCAAGAUGGCAGUCUGGACCUGAACGCUGCUGAGUCGGGAGUCCAGCACAAACCCUCAGCGCCACAGGGAGGCCGCCUCAAUGCCGACAGCCAGCCGGCUAAAGAGGGCUGCAGCUGCUAACCACAGACAGAAACCACAGACCCGACGGACGGACGGACAGAGACAGAUACGUACACAGAGAUCCCCUCUUCUCCAGGCACUAACAUCCAUCUCCUGUCCAGAGAGCAUCAGGCAGGAUUUAGCUGAAUUAUAUUUACCAUAGCAGACCACAGUUUGGUACCUAAGUCAACCAACCUCAGAAAUAUUGACCAGAUUCUAUCAAAUCAAACACUCAAACAGUUUCCUGACUCAAAUAAAUCCUUUCCUGCACACAUUGAAUCCCUCAACAUGAAUUCCAACCCCUCAAGCUCCGCACCCGGAUCCCCCUGGAUUCAGUGUGGACUGUCUUCAGCCACAUCCAGGCCCGUGUGGACCAAGCCUCGGCCACGAUGGACUGUUCUAAUUCUAAAAUAAGACCGCAGUCCUCCCAGAACCCAAUCGUAUUGUUUUAUUUAUUUUCAAAACUGGACUACUAUUUGGACUGUUCCUAGUUUGGAACUCUGUUGGUCCAAGUUAAUCAAGUUAGUCCUUAUUUGAUAGAACCUCACCUCAUUCAGAACGUGGAACACUCAUGUCUCAAGAGACAAACUUACAAUUCUCAAAUUCUGACCAAUCACCGGCAAAAUCAGUGUUGCACAAAAACAGGGCGCCUUUAUUACAAAUCUGGACUUGAGACUGUUUUCGUCCUUUAUUCAGACGAGCUGGGCCCGAACCUCUGGAUCAUUCUCAUCGACCACAGGCUAUGACCCAACAACCCUGUUCCCCAAGACGUCACUUCCCUCCACACUCCCUCCUCCCAGUCCGGAGCGUGGUGGCCCAGUUUAAGUUAGUGUAAUCCAAAUACCCAAGAGUCAAAGUUACAAGGCUUCAACUUGAACCAAAUUCUGCCUAAAACUGGACGACUGGGUUUGCCUUGGUUCUAAAUGUGGACGUUGCAAUGGAGAGCUGGACGCCCUCGGUCCAAACUGAGAAUGUCCACAGCUCUCAUUUUGAUUCUGGCCAAGCCGGACUGUUCAAAUCCCACAAUUAUACAUCUUUGAACUCAUCACCAUUCCAAGAUUAGAUUACCCCCCAAACCCAGUCUGCUCCUGAUCUGAGUCAUGGGAGGACAGACUUGAUCAUCCCUCAAAUUCGGACUACCCUUGUCCCAAAGACGGAGCAGGAGAGGUGCGUUCAGACGGUGCUCAGACCAACCGACACUCAGAUCACCUUAGUUCCACUGAGACAUUGCUACUGACGCAUCCAGAGCUCCGGCUCAAACUGAACUUCCUUUGCCCCACAUCCACGCCGACUCUGGACCAACGAUGAGGGUCGUCCAAAUUUGGAGCGACCUUUGUCCCAACAUGAAACACCAAUGAAGACGAAUACAGACACAGAGCUUGAAUCCGGACAAUCCUAAAGUCCAAAUCUGGACUUCUUCUCUCAAAUUCGGAUCGCCCACGUUCCAACUCUGGAUAUUUCUAUGAGCAGAUUUAGAACAGCUCAAGUUUGAUAGCUCUCAAUUCAAGGAGCUUUUUUCAAAUCUAGACCUCCAGGUCCAAUUCAGCUGUAAUCUCUAAAUCCAGAUUGUCCAAACGCCCAGUUCUGACUUUCGCUCUUUGAGAUUGAGUGAAUCUUCUGGAUUUAUAUUAGUAUUUGUGUCUUGUAUGUGUGUGAUAUGCCAUCAUCUGUUGUUCAGUUAGAAAAGUCUUUGAAAUUCGUGCUUUAAAACUAUAAAUUCUAUCACAGAGUGGCCUGGACAACUGAACUCGCCUCUGGGAUUACUUUUUUACUGAAAAACAUUUCUCCCUUUGCUCCAUUUCAUGCCUCAACUCACACGUUUCCAAACCAUUCUGCCCUCUGGUCAGUUAUUCCAUCAUUUGUGCAGAUUGCUCGACCGUUGCAUUUACACCUUGUUGUGAUCAGAUGUGUCUUCGGGGCUUUCCAGCUGUUUGUCUACUUGUUUGACUACCGUCCAGUCAGCCUUGGAUGCAGGUUAAAGGGGUUCUCCACUGAUUUUCACGGAGUAGUCAUCGUGCUUGGUAGCGCUCGGCCUCAGAAAGUAACCCGUACCAUUAUUUCUUGGUUGUGGCGACCCUUUCUUACAAAUCCCCGUCUACAGAAAGACAUUUUACUUUACGAAAAUAGUAGGAUCCAGGGUUUUUAUGUUUGACCUUUAUUAUGCAUCAGGAGAUCCGGCCACUGCAUCUUUAGUUUCGACCUGUAGUUCUCUAAAAGUUCACCAACUCUCUCAAUGUGCAAUACUUAAAGCCUUAAAAUACUACAAACAAACUUUAAUAACUGUCCAAUUUCUUCUAAAUAACUGAGUUCCUCUUUUAGCUGGGAGAAGUGAUCAGAAAACAGGGCUAGCAUCUCGCUCUACGUGGAAUCACAUUGUUAAUAAACGUGAAGCAUUAACACACGUUAGAGGUCUUCGUCCAAAAUGUUGGAUCUCAAUCGGACUGAAUCCCUUUUCCAAAAAGAGACAUUAAAACACUGUUUGUUGUUUAAAAUCCAGUCGUACUAGAGUCUCAGGUACAGUCCCCAGUACCAGGAAUGUAUCGGCCCCUAAAUACUCCCACUCCACCCAAUACCCCCCCCCCCCCAUCUCUGCACCACCACACUUCACCUGUUUUAAACUCGCUCUGUGGAGAGAUGCAGCCACUGGCAGAUGAGGAUGAAGAGAGAGACGGAUUCUGGAAUGUCCCCACUGGUCUCUCAGUGGAUCUCGAGUUCAGGAUUGAUUUUUAUCACAUUUUUCCUUUUCCUCUUGUUGAAUUUUAAAAAAAUCAAAUAGUGUAAUUUUUAUGUCACAGCGUCCCCUAGUGGCCAUUUCCUCUGCUCUCUUAAGUGCGUAUUCAGGGACGAAAAAUGAAAGACGAAGCAACACAGAUUCUUUUAAUUUAUUCCUGCCUUUUGUUUUCUUUUUGUUUUCUUUCAAACACUCGAGCAGGAUUAUUACGAUUGACCUGAAUAGUUCCUGGUUCGUUGGAUAUUCUAGAAUAUUCUUCUUUAAGAAUCAUUCCAGCUCUGACGAGCUUUAAACACAAACAGUCAAGCUGCACUAAACUAUUUCUUUAUUCUGUUCAUUUUGUUUAAUGUUUCCAAGCUGCACUCGUUGAUUUCUGUGACGUGGAGAGAAAAUAGAAAUAGAUGCACAUUUUAUACCAAAUAUUGUUUUAGUCAUUUGACUGUUUUAAACCUAAUUGAUUAAAGCGCCCUUGAUCUGAUUCGACUCUUGUUCUCUCUGACGGAUCAAAGUCAAAUUUACUCAAAAUGAAUCAGCUGUAAAGAUUCAAGCUUCAUGUCCAGAAGGAAAAUGUCCUGUGAAAUAACAAUAUGCAACAAUUCUCUUUCAACACCUGGAAGGAUUCAGAGAAAUGAACCAGGUUUUCUGAUGAGUCAGAGUAUUACUCAUGUAGCGCCUGUGGCUUCGAGAAUCCUCUGUAAUGCUCCGACUCACCACUCGUCCUGUUUCUGUCUCACAGGCAGGACAACAGAACUCGUCUGUGACCUCGUCAAACGGAGCCUCUCCAGGCAUUAUCAGUAGACAACAGAUCAGUCCAACGCUUACACUUGUAUUCCUUAAUAAUACAUAAUGAGUAAUAACCUUUAAAUGAAGUUUGUUUUUCAUUUACCGUCAAUGAGUUGAUAAAUUAAAUUGUACUAAACAUAAAUUUGUACCUCUUUGAUGUUUCGUUUUCGCUGUGAAACUGUAAAAUCGAAUUCUUUUGUUUUCAUAGUAGAAAAAGCCGUUAAAAAGACAAAUUCAGAACUACAAUUAAUAAAUCAUUUUCUAGUAUUUUUAUUCCUAUAAUUAUUAUUAUAUUUUCUUCAGUUUGUUUCCUUCUUGCAAAUUAUAAUAAGCAUAUUUUUCCCAAUUGUAAUUUGUUGGUAAAGAUUUGAAGGUAACAAAGAAGUAGACAUUAAUAAAUUCAACUCUUUAAUAUUGGCUCCUGAGUUUGACUUUGGACUCUGCAGAGAACUGGUGUGUUGCCUCUGGGACUCGUUCUAAACGCAGCCUGUCCAAUGGGAGAAGUGGUUUUCCUGCAGCGUCUGGUUGGAUUAUCUCAUGUUCGUCUGCGAGUCGUCUGAGAGAUCAUCGCUUUCUCUUCAUGGCCUCUGAUUGGUGGACAGCGGCCUUCUUUAACUCUGAUGCUUGAUUUAUGAACGAAGCCACGCCCUCACUGUAAAAAUAUCCUGUGUGACGUCCAGGUUUUCAGAUUUCUUGUUGCUUUUUCUAUCACUUAAUAACCUGCAUUCAUGGAGGACGUUUUUAAAGGAAGAAGAAAUAGUUUCUUUGUUUUGUUUUUGAAAUUUAACUCAAAGAUUUUGAAGUUUCCAAAGAGCAAAGGGUCAAAAAGCAGCAGGUCACUGGAUCCAUAAGGAAAACUGUUGAAACAUUGUUGUGGCUGACGCCUUAAACUUCCCUCAUCAAAGCGUUUCAUUCAGAAAUAUUCAAAGAUUGAUGAAAGACUUCCAUUUGCUGACAGCGGUGCCAGCAGGGGGCAGUGUUGUGUCGAGACUUUAGUUUAAAGAGAGUUUGUUACAGCGUCUGCGAACUUCAACAUUUAAUCAGAAAAAAAAUCAAUAAAAACUAAACAUUUCUUUUUAUGUCCAUAAACUCCUGUAACAAGCCCGGAGAGUUUUUAAAUCGUAGAGUGUGAUUGAAGCAAAUCUGCAUUUUAAAUGACACUGAUCGGUCAGAUGGUGGCGCUGUGGUCAGGCUGAUGCACAGGUUUGACAGAAGUAACGUUUUCUUCCCGCUCACUGGCUGUAACGUGCUCUGUACUUUUUAUUCUUUUGUUUUUCUUCUGUAACGUCUGUUGAUUUUCUGUCGGCUAAAGUAACAAAUAUGCUUCUUCUGAUUCGUUGACUAUUUAUAUUCUUAAUCUGUAAUUUGAUUUUCUUCACUGUUCCAUUGUACGACCACGAGGAUUCAGUUAUUUGUAAAUAAAGUAUAUAUAUAUAUAUACUGUA